AUGGGUAUGUCGAUAUUGGAGCCAUUUGCCGAAGAAGACCCAGCAGACUUAGAAGAAGCGAACCAGCCCCAGCUAACGUUCACUCAUGAUGAAACUACUCCGUUAGGAGACAAACACUCCAACGGUUCACCGCCAAUCUUUAAACAUCACACAAACGUCAACCUAGAAGAAGGUAACAAACAAGACUUUGCUAGAUCAGCAAGUGCGGUGCAAGUCGCAGGAAAGGAAACAGAAAGGCAUCGGAAAAAUACUCCAGCAAGUUCUCGACACGGUCUUCAACACAUAUCCAGCAAAAGCUACCUACCCAGCAAUCCUUCUCUGUUAGAAUCCGUACUAGAAGGUAAAAGCAGUCGUGUGAACUCCCAAGAAGCUUUCGGUAAAAAGUUAGGCGUCCCCAAAACUCCAAAACGCAGUCCUUCCACGUCGAGUUUCCAAUACAUGUCGACACCUUUCCAUGGCUCAACGCUGUCGGCCUUCGAAAAACCAAGUGAAUUCGCCUCCCAAUUCAGUUUGAAAUCCGUCACGGAUAGCUUAGCUCCAAUAACUUACUGUUGUGGAUGCAAAAAGCGACCGAAAGAUGACGAAGGCAAAACACAACCCAGUAAAUAUUUCGAUAUACAGCUUUUGAAAGAUCCUAUAUAUUUGGUUAUAUUAAUAUCAAACUCUACUUGUGCCAUUUCGUAUACGAAUUUUAUCAUUUUAGUGCCAUCGUAUGCGCAAGAACUAGGAUUCGAUAAGUCUAGAGGUGCCUACUUACUAUCGAUCAUAUCAGCGUUAGACUUGGUUGGGCGACUUGGGGGCUCCGCUCUAUCGGAUUUCGUACAAACACCUAAGCGAUACUUCUUUAUAUUUGGACUGUUAUUAUCAGGUAUGAGUUUGGCCGUUAUACCUUUAGUAAAUAGUUAUUCUACUAUAAGCGUAUUUUGUUCGAUAUUCGGUAUCGCUUCUGGUAUCAAUGUGGGUGUCACAGCACUAGUUAUGACGGAAAUGCUGGGGACGGAGAGACUUAUGUCCUCUUACGGUAUAAGUUUGUUUGUGAAUGGUAUCAUGCAAUUGUUAGGACCACCAAUUUGCGGUUUCUGGUUCGAAUACGCACACUCUUAUAAAUCUUUGUUCAUUACUUUGGGCUUUAUAUUGAUAUUUGGGGCAUCCCUAUGGGGUUUCGUGCCACUCAUACAUAGAAGAAGGCUGGCGAAGAAGCGCGAGUUAGAGAAUGAGAAAGCGUAG